GGGAGAAGAAGGGGCGCGUUCUUCGGCCCAUGGACUCAUUUGCUUUCGUCCGGAUGACGCGGGCCCAGGAGGAGAGCAAAGGUGAGCCCCUGGAUGGACGGAUGCAUUCAUGGUGGCAUGCUGGCUGCUGCUCUGCGCUGGGAGGAGGAUGCAUGCGAAGAAAGGCGAUUCACAUUGCAGAACGGUCCUUGCCUUGCUGUUUGUCUUGCUGUUCAUCAUCAUUCCGUCAGGUUUGGCGCCCUCCGUGGAUCAGUUUUUCAAGGAUGCAUCCUCUGUGGCCACGAGUGCCCAGUGGCAGCAGGUGCAGUACAAGUCCUCCCACACAUCGCAGCAGUCGACGUCGAGCGAUGACGGCCACACAGACAAAAUCGGUGAGCAGCCAGGAGAAGGAAGAGGCGCAGGCGCGGCGGCGGCGGGCUGAUUUCCUUUUUUGCCAUCUAGAUGCGGAGGAGCUGUUUCGAUACAUCGAGUGGCGGUUCGGCAUCCCCAUGCCGCGCGCGUAUGGCCCGCCCAUCUACCGCCCCGUGGUGAUGACGGGAGCUGCCGGCAGCAAGUACCAGCAGGCGGGCAUGGGGGCGGGGAUGGGCGUUGGGGGACACGCUGCUGCCACCACCUAUCACAUCUUCAAACGCACACAGGGUGAGACCGACACUACGGCUGACUGAAGGGCCUAAUUGCGGUAGUGUGCGUGUGUGUGUGUGUGUGUGUCAUGCAGGGCAGGGAUAAGUGAGGGUAAUGGGUUGGCGGGUGACAAAAGGGGAUGUACGGCAGAGGGCAGAGGCGUGUACAGUAGAGUGCGGUGCAGGCAGGUUGGGGUGACAUGACAGCGUGAAUAUGUAUGGCAUGCUCAGGUAGACAGACAGACACCCACCCACCCCACUCCACCACACCACCGGCCUCCAAUGGUUCAUCAAGCAAGACAGACACAUAAGUCUGCGUCAGUCUGUGUGCACAGGCACACACAUGCCAUGCGCCCCGCGCACGUUUGUACGUCCAUCUAUUGACGUAUGCCUGCCUGUGGGUAUGUGUGUGUGUAUGCGUGCGCGAAAGACCUACUCGAC